UUCCAGAUGCUAGAGGAAAACAUUAUCACUUUUGUGAAGAACGAGCUAAAGAAGAUGCAGAAUGAUCUGAAUCCAGAUUAUUCAGAGUGUCAGAGGGAUGAAGAGGAGGUGUUGGACAGUGAGGAAGAGAAGCAGAGAAGGAGCAGCAGAGAGGCAUUUCUGAAACUUGCAGUUAACUUCCUGAGAAUAAUGAAACAGGAGGAGCUGGCUGACUGUCUGCAGAGCAGUGAGAGGAUUUCUCUUCAUAAAUUUAAAUGUAAUCUAAAGAAGAAGUUCCAGUGUGUCUCUGAGGGGAUUGCUAAACCAGGAACCCGAAUCACUCUAAAUGAGAUCUACACAGAGCUCUGCAUCACAGAGGGAGGGACCGGAGAGGUCAACACUGAACAUGAGGUCAGACAGACUGAAAUGUUUUCCUGGAAACCAAACAGACCAGAAACAACAAUCAGGUGUGAAGACAUCUUUAAAGCUUCGACUGGAAGAGACAAAUCAAUCAGAACAGUUCUGACCAAAGGAGUGGCUGGCAUCGGGAAAACAUUCCUGACACAAAAGUUCACUCUGGACUGGGCUGAAGACAAGACCAACCAGGACAUCCAGUUCAUUUUUCCAUUCCCAUUCAGAGAGCUGAAUAUACUGAAGGAUACAAAGUUCAGCUUAGUGGGACUUAUUCAUCACUUCUUCACUGAAAUCAAAGAAGCAGGAAUCUGUAACUUUAAAAAGUUCAAAGUUGUGUUCAUCUUUGAUGGUCUGGAUGAGUGUCGACUUCCUCUGAACUUCCACAUCACUGAGAUCCUCACUGAUGUUACAGAGUCCACAUCAGUGGAUGUGCUGCUGACAAACCUCAUCAGGGGAAAGUUGCUUCCUUCUGCUCACAUCUGGAUAACCACACGACCUGCAGCAGCCAAUCAGAUCCCUGCUGAGUAUAUAGACAUGGUUACAGAGGUCAGAGGGUUCACUAACCCAAAGAAGGAAGAGUACUUCAGGAAGAGACUCAGAGACAAAAAAGAGGCCAACAGCAUAAUCUCUCACAUCAAGACAUCACGAAGCCUCCACAUCAUGUGUCACAUCCCAAUCUUCUGCUGGAUCACUGCUACAGUUUUAGAGAGUUUGUUAAAAACCAAACGGGAUGGAGGAAAGCUGCCCAAGACACUGACUGAGAUGUACAUUCACUUCCUGGUGGUUCAGACCAAAGUGAAGAACAUCAAGUAUGAUGGAGGAGCUGAGACAGAUCCUCUCUGGAGUCCAGAGAGCAGGAAGAUGAUUGAAGCACUGGGGAAACUGGCUUUUGAGCAGCUGCAGAAAGGAAACCUGAUCUUCUAUGAAUCAGAACUGACAGAGUGUGGGAUUAAUGUCAGAGAGGCCUCAGUGUACUCAGGAGUGUUCACACAGAUUUCUAAAGAGGAGAAAGGGCUCUACCAGGAUAGGGUGUUCUGCUUCAUCCAUCUGAGCAUUCAGGAGUUUCUGGCUGCGCUUCAUGCCCAUCUGACAUUUACCAACUCUGGUGUCAACCUGCUGGAAGAGGAACAAACAGUCUCAGUGCAUGUUUCUGAAAGCCACUUCUACCAGAGUGCAGUGAACAAGGCUUUACAGAGUCCAAAUGGACACUUGGAUUUGUUUCUUCGCUUCCUCCUUGGUCUUUCAAUGCCAUCCAACCAGGAACUCCUACAAGGCCUACUGACACCGACAGGAAGCAGUUCACAAACGAAUCAGGAAAUAAUUCAGUACACCAAGAAUCAGAUCAACCAGAAUCCCUCUCCAGAGAUAAGCAUCAAUCUCUUCCACUGUUUAAAUGAACUGAAUGAUGACUCCAUAGUGAAGGAAAUCCAAGGUCGCCUUAAUUCCGGAAACCCUUUUAUGGUUAAUCUUUCCCAUGUUCAAUGGUCAGCUCUGGUCUUCAUCUUACUGUCAUCAGAAAAAAAUCUCAAUGUUAUUGACCUGAAAACAUACUCAGCUUCAGCAGAAGCUCUUCUGGGACUGCUGCCAGUGGUCAAAGCCUCCAAGAAAGCUUUGCUGAGUGGCUGUAACCUCACACAGAGAAGUUGUGAAGCUCUGUCCUCAGUUCUCAGUGCUACGUCCUCUAGACUGAUAGAGCUGGACAUGAGUAACAACAAUUUGCAGGAUUCAGGAGUGAAGCUACUGUGUGCAGGACUCGGGAGUCCACAAUGUGCACUUCAAACUCUCAGGCUGUCGGGCUGUCAGAUCACAGAGAAGGGCUGUGAUUCACUGGCUUCGGCUCUGAGGUCAAAUCCCUCACACCUGAGAGAGCUGGACCUGAGCUACAAUCAUCCAGGAGACUCAGGAAUAAAGCUGCUGUCUCCUCUACGGGAGGAUCCCUGCUGGAGACUGGACACCCUUAGAAUGGAUCCUCAUGGAGACCAGUGGAUGAAAACAGGUCUAAAGAAAUAUUUCUGUGAGCUGACAGUGGAUCUGAACACAGUCCACCAUAAUCUUAAACUAUCUGACAACAACAGGAAGGUGGUGCACAUGAAAGAGGACCAGCUGUAUCCUGAUCAUCCUGACAGAUUUGAUAGUCCUCAGCUGAUGUGUACUAACAGUCUGACUGGUCGUUCUUACUGGGAAGUUGAACACAGUGGAGAGGUUCAUAUUGCCGUGACUUACAAAGAAAUAAAAAGGAAAGGAAACAGUGAUGACAACAGGUUUGGAAGGACUGAUGAAUCCUGGUCUCUGUACUGUGAUGAUACAGAUUAUUUUGCAAUGCACAAUUACACAUCAACAGCCAUCAGUGUUCCCUGCUCAUCUGCACCUCACAAGGUUGCAGUAUAUGUGGACUGUGAUGUUGGCACUGUGUCCUUCUACAAGGUCUUUCCAGAUAUGCUGUACCACCUCCACACUUUCAACCCCACAUUCACUGAAGCCAUUUACCCUGGGGAGAAGAUGAUCUGCAGGAUCCUGCUGCUCAUCAUCCUCACCUCAUGUGUCUCUGGAUCAUUUGUAGUCAAUGUGACACAGACCUGCUAUCAGGCAGAGGAGAACCACAACAUCACACUGCAGUGGACGUUCACCACCAAACCUGACAGAUCCUGGACCUACAUCUUCGUCCUCUGUAACCUGAUAACUGAGGAUAAAGUCUCAGUCCUGUAUCAUGUUCAUGAAGGUGUUGAGGUGUCAGAGUCUCAGGAUGAAAAGUUUUCAGGACGAGUCCAGAGUGACAAAGACGCCCUCAGAGAAGGACGAAUCAGAUUUCACCUGUCCAGACUCAGGAGUGAUGACUCGGGUCUGUACCUGUGUGAGGUGAACACUGAUUAUGGCUUCAGUGUUGGAAGAUGUCGACUCAACAUCACUGGUAAGAUUAUUCAGUAA